UUUCCCUUUCAAAGCUUUAUAUAAACCUCUUUCCAUAUUCAUUUCUCACUCAACACACAAUAUCUCAUUUCUUUUUCAUCUCUCUCUCUCUCAAUAUUUAUAAUAUGAACUUCUUUUCUGCUGCAAUUUUCUUGCUCCUCCUGCUUCUCGGCACAGGGAUGGGGCCAAUGGUAACAGAGGCAAGAACAUGCGAAUCUCCAAGCCAUCGCUUCAAGGGGCUGUGCUUCAGUAAGAACAACUGUGGCCAUGUCUGCAAAACGGAGGGCUUUCACGGCGGCCAUUGCCGGGGCUUCCGUCGCCGCUGCUUCUGCACAAAGCACUGUGUUUGAGUUGAAUGUGAAUGAUCUCAAAUCAGUUGUGUCUAUCAGUAAAAGUAGACACUCAAUAUGGGAGCUUUUUGGGCGUGCGUUUAAACCAAUAAGUCUGUCAUUGUUUCCUUUUUUAAAAGUUUUGCCUUUUGUUUGUUGUGCAAGCUUUUCUUCCCAUUUGCUUUGUUUUGGUUUGAAUUAAUGUGAUGUUUAGUUCAUAUUAUAUAUUUGUGUAUUUAUUUGCUGUUUUCUUUCUUUUGAGAUGGUUUUUUUUUUCCCGUAAAGAGGCUCACUCAAGUUAUUCAACUAAGGCUGUAAAGUCAAAUUGCCAUUUAUAUGGUUCAAAAUGCUAGCAAAAAGAGUACU